CGGACGCUACUGAAUGGGGAGCCCGACCUCCUGCUGCUCCUCCUGCUCCUGCUCCCAGGCCACACUCCCAGCUCCCGGUUUGGAGAGCAAGGGCCCGUGGGAAAUGAAGUUAAUGAAACGGAGAGACGUCGCGCGACGGCAGAGGAUCCCGUGGACCCCUUCAAGAUGAGCGGGGAUCGUUCUUUGAGGAAAGGAACCAGACGCCUCACCGCCUCAGUCGAAGCCCGUGACACAGAGCGUUUGAACAGACGGCGCCCGAGGGAUCAGCAGCGUGCGCCCUAGGGUGAUGCGUCCCCGAAGGGGAAUCCAGCCUCAGGGAUCUCGGUCGGUCAGAGCCGCGACUUCAUCGGGGGGCCCGUCGAGGCGUCGGCGAGGACCCAAAGCCUGCUUCCUCGGGGCGCGAAUGAGCGGGGCCGUCGUUCCGCCCGGGUCGUCCGCCUCCCUUUGGUCCGCACGGAGCCCCGGGGGGUCGGGGAGCGCCCUGCCCCGGCCCGGUCAUGGAUCUAGACGAGGAAGCCGGCCCCCAGGCGGGCGGCGGUUUCCCUCUGGAUGAGAGAAGGCCGAGAGCGGAGCGGGAGGCCCACCCGCCGAGCCGGCGCCGUCCGGACGGAGCGGAUCCGCCGAGGGAGCCGGACGACGCGCAGGCGCCGGACAGCGGCGACGAGCGAGGGGAGAUGCAGGAGGCGGGCUACGGCAGGCCGCCGCCGGGCCGCUUCCUGGCCGCCGAGGGCGAGGACGACUACGGGUCCCUGUUCUCCCAGUACAGCAGCACGCUGUACGACGUGGCCAUGGAGGCCGUCACCCAGAGCCUCCUCUCCAGCAGGAGCAUCAGCUCCCGGAAGAAGUCUCCCGCCUGGAACCACUUCUUCAUCUCCCCCCGGGACAGCACGAAAGCCAUCUGCAUGUACUGCAUGAAGGAGUUCAGCCGGGGCAAGAACGAGAAAGACCUGAGCACGAGCUGCCUCAUGCGGCACGUGCGGAGGGCCCACCCGACGGUGCUCCUGCCGGACAGCGGGAGCCCGCCGGGCCUGGCCUCCUGCCCCUCGCCGUCGCCGCUCCUCCCCGCCCCGCCGGCCGAGCCGGGCGACCUCGGCGGGCCGCUGUCCCCGAUCAGGCCGCCCAAGAAGACGGCCUCCAAGAUCCCCUCGCCGGACCGCAUCGCGGAGGAGCCGGUGCCCGCGGUGGCCCCGGAGACCCCGGCGGCGGCCCCGGCGGCCCCGGGGCGGCUCGUCCUCGACGGCGGGGCGGCGGGGGCCGGGUCCCCCCCGCGGCCGCCGGGCCUCCGGGACGACGAGCCCCUGGAGGGCGGGCCGGAGAAGGCGGCCCCCCUCCCCAAGAGCGCGGCCGGCUCCCGGCGGCGCUCGGCCGUCUGGAAACACUUCUACCUGUCGCCGCUGGACAACUCGAAGGCCGUCUGCAUCCACUGCAUGAACGAGUUCAGCCGCGGCAAGAACGGCAAGGACCUCGGCACCAGCUGCCUGAUCCGCCACAUGUGGCGGGCCCACCGCGCCAUCGUCCUGCAGGAGAACGGCGGCGGGCCGGGCAUCCCCCCGCUCUACUCGGCGCCCCCGACCCUCCUGCCCUCCCUGCUGCCCUCGGACGGGGAGCCGCACCCGCUGGCGGCCUCCUCCUCCUCCUCCUCCUCCUCCUCCCCCGCCUCCCCGCCGUCCCCGGGGAAGGCGGGCCGGGGCCCCGCCUCGGCCUCCUCGUCCCCCGACCGGGCGGCGGCGGCGGCGGCGGCGGCGGCGGCGGAGGAGGGCCCGCCGGGGGAGGCGUCGGCGCCGUCGUCCUCGGAGGAGGCGGGCGAGGCCUCGCUGGCCUCGUCCCCCGAGAAGCCGGGGGAGGCCCCGGGCCCCCGGCUGCCGGGCCCGGGCGCCGUCCCGCAGCCCAGCAAGAGGGCCAUGAAGCGGCUCAAGGCGGAGGCGUGGCGACACUUCUCGCCGUCGCCCGCGGACGGCCUGAAGGCCGUGUGCCGCCACUGCGGCUGCUCCGUCAGCCGCGGGAAGAAGGGCGAGGCGGGCGCCGGCUGCCUGAUGAGGCACCUGUGCCGGCGCCACCCGGAAGCCAUCGGGGCCGCCGGGGGCCUGCUGGAGGCCAGCCUGGCCAACUCCCCGUACGCCACGCUGGCCUCGGCCGAGUGCUCCCUGUCGUCGUCGUCGUCCUCGUCGUCGUCGUCCUCCUCCUCGUCCUCGUCUUCGUCGUCCUGCUCCUCGGCGUCCUCGUCCUCCUCGGCGUCCCCGGCCCCCAAGCCGGGCGGGUCGGCCCCGGCCCCCCCCGGCGCCCCGCCCCCGGUCGUCUUCCCCGUGAGCGGCAAGAAGACCUCGAAGCUGUGGAACCACUUCUCCAUCUGCUCCGCCGACUCCACCAAAGUGAUCUGCCUGCACUGCGGGCGGACCAUCAGCCGGGGCAAGAAGCCCACCAACCUGGGCACCAGCUGCCUGCUGCGGCACCUGCAGCGCUUCCACGGGCACGUGCUGCGGGGCGAGGCCCCGGAGCCGGCGGCGGCGGCGGCGGCCCCGGCCGAGGGCCCCGGCCCCCCGGCCGAGAAGUUCCGGGACUCCCACCCGGUGGCCCGGAAGCUGACGCGGCUGGUGGCGGAGAUGAUCGCCCUGGACCUGCAGCCCUACUCGCUGGUGGACAACGUGGGCUUCGCCCGGCUGCUGGAGCACCUGCAGCCCCGCUACGCCCUGCCGGCGGCCUCGUACUUCUCGCGGACGGCCAUCCCGGCCAUGUACGAGAGCGUGCGGCAGAUCAUCGCCGCCCACCUGCGGGCGGCCGAGAGCGGCGUGGUCCACUUCACCUCCGGGGUCUGGGCCGGCCACCAGACGCCGCGCGAGUACCUGACGCUGACGGCCCAUUGGGUGGCCCUGGAGGCCCCCGGCCGGCCCCGCGGGGAGGACCGCCACUGCUCGGCCCUGCUGGACGUGGCCCCCGUGGAGUGCGACUCGAGCGGGCUGAGCCUCCAGAAGCAGCUGGAGCACUGGUGGGAGGCCUGGGUCACCUCGGCCGGCCUGCAGGUGGGCAUCACGGUCACCGACAACCCCAGCAUCGGCAAGACCCUGAACGAGGGCGAGCGGGCCAGCGUGCCCUGCUUCGGCCACACGGUCAACCUGAUCGUCGGCGAGGCCAUCAAGAGCCAGCGCAUGGUGCAGAACCUGCUGAGCCUGGCCCGGAAGCUGGGCGAGCGGGUCCGCCGCUCGGCCGGGGCCCGCGAGAAGCUGGCGGAGCUGCAGCGGGCCCACGGCCUGCCCCCGCACCCGCUGCUGCAGGACGUCCCGUCGCGCUGGAGCACCUCCUUCCGCAUGCUGGAGCGGCUGCUGGAGCAGAAGCGGGCCGUGGACGCCAUGGCGGCCGAGGGCAGCUUCCGGGAGCUCAUCAGCUGCGACCAGUGGGAGGUCCUGCAGUCCGUCUGCCACGCCCUCAAGCCCCUGGAGGCGGCCAGCCGCGAGCUGAGCGCCCACGGCUCCACCCUCGGCCAGGUCAUCCCCAUGGUCCACGUCCUGACCCGCAAGAUGGACAUGCUGGCCGAGGAGACCCUGGGCAUCGACACCAUGCUCAAGGCCCUCAGGGAGGCCGUGGCGGGCCGCCUCUCCUCCGCCCUCCGGGACCCCCGCUACGUCUUCGCCACCCUGCUGGACCCCCGCUACAAGGCCUCCCUCUUCCCCGCGCCCGAGGCGGAGCGCUACAAGCGGGACCUCAUCCGGGAGCUGGAGCUGGCCGGCGCCGCCGCCGCCGCCGCCGCCGCCCCCCCGCCCGCCGCCCCCGCCGGCCCGGACGACCUCUGGGCCCUGGUGGCCCAGGUGAAGCCCGAGGCGGAGCGCCGCGGCCGGGCCCGGCUGCCCGAGGAGAUGGUGCUGGCCUACCUGGAGGAGGAGGUGCUGGAGCACGGCUGCGACCCGCUCGCCUACUGGCACCUGAAGCGCUCGGCCUGGCCGGCCCUGGCCCGGCUGGCCGUCCGCUUCCUGGGCUGCCCGCCCAGCCGGGUCCCCUCCGAGAGGCUCUUCGGCGGCGACGGCGGGGCCCUGGGCCAGGCCCGCCUCGUCACGGAGCACUUCGAGAAGCUCAUCUUCCUCAAGGUCAACCUCCCCCUCGUCUACUUUCAGUAUUGACGGGCGGGCGGACGGACCGACGGAGGGGCCGCCCGGCGGGG